AUGACUGAUAUUGAGGGAGUCCCAUGAGAAACGGAGUGAGCUCCCAACUUUCUUCCUUUUCUUUCUUUCUUUUUUUGAAUUAAUAAUUUUUUUUAUUCAGCUACUGAUUCUGCUGGAAUUAGUGUGUGGUCCCUAGUUUGGCUGCAGAUUCUCAGCUAAGGUCCGACAUCUGGAGGAUCCCAAAUAACCUGCAGAUGGAAACCUGAAUGAAGAGGUUCUCCUUUGUCAUCCUGGAAAUUUUCCAUUACUGACAGGAGAGCUUAAAGAGUGGAGCAACAUUGGAAGCCCUCGGAAGAAAGUCAUGGUUCCCUCUAUGCACUGGCUGCUCCUGCUGUGGAGACUUCAGGCUGUGUGGGCUCAAGACUAUGAAGAAUAUGAAGAUGAGGUUGUGACCACAAGGAGGAAAAGCAAACUCUUCACACCAAAUUCCAUACCACAGAAUGGCAAAUCUUCUAUCGAUGAAGACUGCAGUUUGGAGUUGGCCUUCCUGGUUGACAGCUCAGAGAGCGCCAAGGACAACCACGAACAGGAGAAACGUUUUGUUUCCGACGUAAUGGACCGACUGCAGGGCCUCCGGCUGCAGAGCGGCCGCGGACUCAGCUCCCGUGCGGCCCUCCUUCAGUACAGCAGCCAGGUCAAGAUCGAGCAGACCUUCAGAGACUGGAGGGGCAUUGAAAACUUCAAAGCCAGAGUCGCUCCCAUUCAAUACAUAGGCCACGGCACCUACACCACCUACGCCAUCACCAACCUGACGCGCAUUUACUUGGAGGAGUCGGGCACCAAAAACAUCAAGGUGGCCGUCCUGCUCUUCGACGGCAUCUCGCACCCAAGGAACCCAAACAUAUUUGACGCUGUGGAGGAUGCGAGGAACCAAGGCGUUCGGUUCUUCACAAUAGGAAUCACACCUGAAGCCAACGAAGCAACCAACAUUGCACAGCUGCGUCGAAUUGCUAGUUCCCCGCCUACCCGCUACCUUCAUAACUUGCAAGAUCUUGGCAUUGUGGAUAAAGUCAUCAAGGAGAUUACGGCGCUGGCAGAAGAAGGUUGUCCACUCGAAUUGAACCCGUGCAAAUGUGAGAAAGGUGAGAGAGGACCCAGUGGCCCCGCGGGCAAGAAAGGACGUCCUGGAGAUGAUGGAAGCCCCGGCGCGAAGGGAGCGAAGGGUGAAAGUGGUCUCAGUGGGCUUCCAGGCCGCGAAGGAGCCGAGGGUAAACCUGGAUACAAAGGAGAGAAGGGAGAGAGGGGAGAGUGUGGCACACCAGGCGUUAAAGGAGACAGAGGCCCUGAAGGUGUUAUUGGUCCAAGAGGAAACCGUGGACUUCAGGGUUUGCCAGGUCAACCGGGUGAUGUGGGACCUGAAGGAAUCAUGGGAAAAAAAGGGGAUCGGGGGCUUCCUGGACCACCUGGCAUCCAAGGUGAGACUGGGAUCGGUCUUCCGGGACCAAAGGGGGAUGUCGGUUUCCAGGGGCAACCGGGGCCUCCGGGCCCUACGGGGAUCGGCGAGCCCGGACCACCGGGUCCUCAGGGGCCACAGGGAGUCCAAGGAGAGAGAGGACCAACAGGAGAAGGUAUCCCUGGCCCUAAGGGCGAGCGAGGCAUAGAGGGACCACGGGGACCCAGAGGACAGUCGGGCCUGGGAAUCAAAGGAGACAAGGGGGAUUUUGGCCCUCCAGGGUUUCCAGGGCCCCUGGGCCUUCCAGGUCUCGGCAUCCAAGGAGAAAAGGGAACAGAGGGCCCCAGGGGGCCACCUGGAAUAAGAGGCCCACCGGGAGAGGGCUUUUCUGGACCCAAGGGAGACCAAGGGCUGCCAGGAGAAGUGGGGGCCCCAGGAGAAAGAGGAGCUGGCGAGCCCGGUGCCAAGGGUGAACCAGGAUCACCAGGACUGUCGGGUUUGCCUGGACUUCCUGGAGAGGACGGAGCGCCAGGACAAAAGGGUGAACCAGGAGCCGUUGGUUUUAGAGGUCCAGAAGGCGCGCCUGGGAUUGGCACUCAGGGAGAAAAGGGUGACCAAGGCCAAAGAGGAAUAAGAGGGUUGACAGGUCCGCCUGGCAUUGCUGGACCCUCUGGACCAAAGGGAGAACCAGGGUCACAGGGUCGGCCCGGUUCCUCUGGACCACCGGGACGUUUCAUCACUGGACCCAAGGGUGAUCCUGGACCAGGUGGACCUCCUGGUCCAAUCGGCGAGACUGGCUUUGGACUGCCUGGCCCAAAGGGCGAUCGAGGUGACCCGGGCCCCGCAGGUCCAUUUGGCCCCAAAGGAGACGGCUAUCCCGGCCCCAUGGGUCCUCCUGGUCUGCCGGGGCUUCCUGGAGAACCCGGGCCAGAGGGCGUGGGCAUCCCGGGACCAAAGGGGGACAUUGGAUUCCGAGGGCUGCCAGGUUUGCCCGGACCGCCAGGGGAAGGCGUCCAGGGACCUCCGGGUAAUCCCGGGCGACCAGGUCCACCUGGCCCAACAGGGCCACAGGGACUAGGACUUCAAGGCCCCAAGGGCGAACAGGGGGCCCAGGGCGUGACCGGACCCAGAGGUGUACCUGGAGAGGGCUUCCCAGGAGCCAAAGGUGACCGGGGCUCGUCAGGAGAGAGGGGGCUUAAAGGAUUCAAGGGAGAAAUGGGAGACUCGGGAAUCCCGGGGCAACCUGGUCUUCCGGGCAUAAAAGGGGAAGCAGGCCUCACGAGAGAGGACAUCAUUCGAAUGAUCAAAGAGAUCUGUGGAUGUGGGAUCAAGUGUAAGGAGAGGCCCAUGGAGUUGGUGUUUGUCAUUGACAGCUCAGAGAGCGUGGGGCCCGAGAACUUUGAGAUCAUAAAGCGUUUUGUGACCACUCUGGUGGAUCGGGUCACGGUAGGCCGCAACGCCACAAGGAUCGGUUUGAUAUUGUACAGCUUGGAGGUGAAAUUGGUGUUCAACUUGGCCCGCUACACCACCAAAGAGGACAUCAAGGAGGCCAUCAGGAACAUCCCGUACAUGGGCGAGGGCACCUAUACUGGGACAGCCAUCCGGAAAGCCACACAGGAAGCCUUCUAUAGCUCCCGCCUCGGCGUCAGCAAGGUGGCCAUUGUGAUUACAGACGGGCAGACGGACAAACGGGAGCCGGUCAAGCUGGAUAUAGCCGUGCGGGAAGCCCACGCUGCCAACAUCGAGAUGUUUGCCCUGGGGAUUCUGAACACGUCCGAUCCAACGCAGACCGACUUCCUGAGAGAGCUCAACCUGAUCGCGUCGGACCCAGACAGCGAGCACAUGUUCCUGAUCGAUGACUUCAACACUUUGCCAGCUCUCGAGUCCAAGCUGGUCAGUCAGUUCUGUGAGGACGAAAACGGAGCCCUGAUAUACAACCGGAUAACGAACGGAAACAACGGCUACAACGGCAACCGGAUCACUGGGAGCUACGCCACCGGUGGCUAUGGUCACAAGCCCAUAACUCAGCAGGACCAUCUCGGCGGCCAGCAGGCUGGUGUUGGCACCCACAGCCAUGGCAGUAAAGGAUCCAGCACUGUUCAUGGUGGAGGAGGGCAUCGCGUGACUGCAGUGCUAACCGCCUCAGGAAGUGAACGCGGGGACACGUUUAACCGCGGCACCUCCGACUACAAAACUCCGCCUCCUGCCAGAGGGGGCUCAUCUUCCUCAUCUUCUACAAACACGUCAUCCUCAGGUGGUUCUGUAGCGUACGUUCCCCCGCCAAGGCCAGCUCUGCCCAAAGAGACCGUGCCCCUGGACCCUCGCUGCAGGCUGGUUCUGGACCAAGGAUCAUGUCGAGAAUAUAACAUCCGGUGGUACUACGACAAGCAGGCCAACGCUUGCGCCCAGUUCUGGUACGGAGGCUGCGGCGGCAACAGGAACCGCUUCGACACCGAGGAGGAGUGCAAGAGAACAUGUGUGGUGUCCAGAGUCGCAGGAGGCUGAGUGAAGGCAUCUUCUGUUUCUUCUUCUUCUUCAAUUUUCCACCAGAUUGCAGAAAGUCGGGUCAAAAUUUCUCAGGCAAAACCCACUCACACCAGUUUAUUUUUAUUUUAUUUUUUUAUUUUGUGACUUUACACAAAAAUGAUUUUGUAAAAAAGAGUUAGACGUUUUCAUGUUUUGGUAUUUUUUGGUGAUCAUUUCUACUCAGGUAUACCAAUGAGCUUUCACCUCCACUUCAUUACGUUUUUUCCCCCUCAUACUCAAUGAGAGCUGUGAAGAUGGUGGAAAAAAAACCAAACUGUUUGCACAACGUGGACAAUCGUUACUCUGCAACUUAACAAGCGGCAUCAGUGAAUCAAUAUGGUGUAAAGCCAAACUAUCUGUAAGUGCAUUUAUUUAGGUUCCAACAGUCAGAGCCAGUAACAGAGGUUCACUUUUAUAACUUAUGUCAGCAGUAUUUUAAAAGUCUUGAAUCUUCCUUCAUUUGUUAAUUUUUUAUUAUUUGCUUUCAGGAUGUUAAGCCUGAUCAAUAGUAGGUGAGAUUGCAAUCUCAGUCUUGUAAGCCACAUUAUGCUGAUUCAUGUAACACUAAGAUCUAGAAAAAAGACACCUCAGUUCACAUUUGGUCCAUUUGUUUUGUCCACACAACUAAAUUAAGACGUGUAUUAAAGGGGCAGUAUUAUGUAAAAUCAACUUUUUGUAGCUUUACACAAUGUUAGGUUGUUAUUCCCUUAUCAAAAACACAGCUGGAGUGAUGCUUUGAUUAUUUCAUACGCGUUUGAGAAAGCCUUUAAUCUCCCAUGGCAACCAUUCAGCUGUACGAAGCGACCGGUUGGAUGUAGCUCCGCCUUCAGGACUCGAAUUAGAGUCAAAUAUUUUACAUUCAUCUGGUUCAUAACUUUAACGUAAAAAAAAAAAAAAAAAAGACGAGAGUCUAAGGCAAAAUCUUUUAAAACUCAUGGAAAACGCAAACUAAAAGAACAUGAAAGACGACUUUGAUGUGCAAACAUUAUUAAAAACUUUCUCUUUGUGAAAUAAUUGUGUACAAUUUUUUUUUGAUAAUAUAAAAUGUGACUUAUUUUCCUCUAUCCUUUCUACCAUUUCAGGUAAACUGUUAAAGUGGCGCACAUAUCGCCCUCUACUGGGCAACUCGUGUUCAUGCCUCUGAAUUUGAACCUUCAAGUUCAGCUGGAGGGUGUUUGUUUUUAUGAUACCCAGAUGUACUGACCGCAGAAAUGCGUACUUUACUGUACUGUUUAAUGCUUGGUUAAAAGUAUCGACCAUUGAAAUAAACCAGAUAUUAAUUAAAAUAUGUGAAAUGCUCGUUAAUGAUUAAUAUUUCAGGUGGCGGAGUACAUUUUGUGAUUAAAAUUCAUAUUAAUAUAGCAUCCAAUCUUCCUGCAACAAUAGCCUUUAAAUUUAAAAUAAUUAAUAAUUAAUUUAGUUUCUUCAUUUCAAUAUGCAAUGAAAUAAUUUAGAUAGAAGCACAUGCAUAUGCUACAAUGGCCUUGUCAAAGUCCGGAUUGAAAUUCAAUUAAAAAUCUACGUUUAAUCUGACUGAGCUAGAGCCAACAAAGUGAGAGCUAUUGAAUUCCUUCCACCUUACAAGUUAACUUUCUGUCAUACAAAAUCCCUGUUAAACAUAUGGAAAUCAGUGCAACUGCAACACAAUCACAUUUUUCCUAAAUAUCAUUGUAGCUUUAAGGAAGCAGCAGAGCUCGCUCACGUACUCCUUCUGCUUGAAUUACAUUUUAGCGACUCCUCGACAUGUGGCGCAGUCUGAUCUAUCUUUAGUGCAGUCCGCCAGAGAAAUGUUGCCCAACUCUACGGCCUCCUCAAACUUCAUCAUCAGGCUGCGGAAAUAAGACCGAAUCAAAUAGGCGGCUAUCGAUCCAGACACUUUUAUUUCUGGCAUCUAUUACCAUUUCACAGGGAAGAUGUGGCUGCAAGCAACCAGACGUCAUUUAUGUCCGCAACGAAAGGAAACAUGUUUCUUAAUCUAAAAUGAAAAUCUCCGACUGCAUUGUUUUGAGACAUGCGCACAGGAAAUAAAAAAAACCUCAUCUUG